GCUCUCUCUCUCUGCAAAGGACUCGCUCGCUCAGACCGAGUCGAUCAUCCCUGCUAGAUCCCCUCUUCUUUUUACUCCCUCGUUCCUCCAUAGCUGCAGCAGCAGCAUUAGCAGCAAAGAUGGCCCAAGUUGCACAACCACACGCCAACGGCGCGCCGCAGCUCUCCCGCAAGAAGCUGACUGGUUACGUCGGAUUCGCAAACCUGCCCAACCAGGUGCACAGGAAGAGCGUGAGGAAGGGGUUCAAUUUCACCUGCAUGGUUGUUGGUGAAUCUGGUCUCGGAAAGUCAACUCUCAUCAACACCCUCUUCAACACCACCCUCUACCCUCGCAAAGAGGUCCCUCCGCCGCAGGCUGAGCGGCAUCGGACUGUCGCGAUCGAGAGCAUUAGCGCUGACAUUGAGGAGAACGGUGUCCGCCUGCGCUUGAACGUCGUCGACACACCUGGCUUUGGCGACUUUGUUAACAACGACAACAGUUGGAAGCCGAUCGUUGAGAACAUUGAGUCGCGCUUCGACGCCUACCUUGAGCAGGAGAACCGCGUCAACCGCAGCAAGCUGGUCGACAACCGCGUGCACGCAUGCAUCUACUUUGUCCAGCCGACCGGCCACGCGCUGCGGCCGAUUGAUAUCGAGUUCAUGCGCCGCCUCCACCAGAAGGUCAACCUUAUUCCCGUCAUCGCCAAGAGCGACACGCUCACCGACGAGGAGAUCCUCUCAUUCAAGCAGAGGAUCCUCAACGACAUUGCGCACCACCAGAUUGAUAUCUACCACGCUCCGGUUUACGACAACGAGGAUGAGGAAACCAUCGCGGAGAACGAGGAGAUUGCUCGCAAGAUCCCCUUCGCCAUCGUCGGCGCCAACUCUGAAAUCGACACGCCAGACGGCCGUCGCGUGCGUGGGCGCGGCUACCCGUGGGGCGUGAUCGAGGUGGACAACGAGGAGCACUGCGACUUUGUCAAGCUGCGCCAGAUGCUCAUCCGUACGCACAUGGAGGAGCUCAAGGAACACACACACACCGUCCUCUACGAAAAGUACCGCAGCGAGAAGCUCGUUGCGAUGGGCGUCACACAGGACCACUCGGUUUUCAAGGAGGUCAACCCGGCUGCCAAGAUGGCCGAGGAGAGGGCCCUGCAUGAGGCCAAGCUUGCCAAGAUGGAGAACGAGAUGAAGCUCGUCUUCCAGCAGAAAGUCGCGGAAAAGGAGGCCAAGCUGAAGCAGUCAGAGGAGGAGCUAUACAGCCGACACCGGGAAAUGCGGGAGGCGCUCGAGAAGCAGCGCCUCGACUUGGAGGACAAGAAGCGGAGGCUUGAGUCCGGCAGGCCGCUCACGCCGGAAAAAGCGAGCCAGACAAAGAAGAAGGGCUUCUCGCUGAGGAACUAAAGCACAGCGCGCACGGCUCGCGCGUCCCUUCUUGCACACUACACCCCAACCUCGGUGGGACCUGGGACCAAAUGGGUCGGCGUUUGUUGUUCGCUCAUCACACGCCCCUCGUUUGCACGGAAAUGU